AUGAGCAGCUACGUACACCCGACACAGGUCUCCAUCGGCGCCGCCCCGCGCAUGGCGGUGCAGGAGAUGCACCCGGAUGCGAAGCGCAAGGGUCGCCGAGUUGUGGCGACGAUGGAGCUGAAGCCCGGAAACGCGAUCUUCGCCGCUUCGCCGGACAUGGCAGUGUUGUACUCGCCUUUUGCACGCCACAUCUGCGCCCGGUGUCUCGUCGCCGACGUUCGCGCGUGCGGGGAGCCGCAGAAGACACAUCACCACCACCACCCACAUCAGCAGCAGCAUGCCACACUUUCCCGACCCCCCAUUGGCGCGUCGUCUUCGCCGUCAUCAUCGUCCUCCUCGACCACCGCAGCCGCCGCCGUCCCGGUGCGCCCCUACUGCUGCCCCAACUGCGACCAGUUCGUGCUCUGCGCACCGUGCGUGGCUCAGCUGCUGCUGGACAGCGGCGUGGAUGUGACGAGUUCCGCCGGCACGGACGCGGUCCAAACGACCGGCCCCCUGCUGCAGCGACGCGGAGAGGGUAAAAGAGGCAGCAGUGUCGUGGAUGAGCGACUCCACCUUCACCCCCUCCUCCGCGCACACGCGAUAUCGUGCGCGUGGUACACCUCCCUCCCCGCCUCCAUCCGCGCACCGGGCAACGAUACUGAUUUUCUACGCUUCUGCCUCGACUACGGCGCGCGUGCGUACCUCGGCGACACGGCCAUGAUGCGUGCACUGGCGACACUCGACACGAACGCGAGCGUGCAGUCGAAGGAGUCGAUGCAGCUGUGUGAAGUUUUCGCGCGUGACCGCGUUGUGGCGACGUUUGGGAAGGAGCCGAAAUCCACCCUCGCCACCGCAGCAUCAGCCAAGCACACGGGGGGUGGUGAUCCUCUUUCGAAUCAGGCUGGCGCGCACGCCUCCGGUGGUAUUCACCGUGGUGGCAACAGUGAUGGCGUCCGCUGCCGCGGCAGUGCAGCUGUGGUUCCUUUUCCUCCACGCUACCCCAUUUCUUGGACAGACCUGCGCGACACUCUCCUGCGCACCCGCUGCAACAGUAUCGGCUUCCCGUACAACACGGAGGAGACAACGGGGUGGUCGCUGCACCAGACGGUGUGCAUGCUGAACCACAGCUGCGUGCCUAAUGCGGCUGUCAUCAUGCUGCACGACUCGGCGGACGCCAUGGCGGCGGCGGCCGCACUGGCAGCGCGCACUGGUGCUUCACACGCCGCACUGCCCGAGGAGCGCACGCAGGAAGCGGCUCGUCGAAAGGCCAGCGAGCGCAUUGCCGCCUUCCGGGCUGUUGCGACUUCCUCGGAGUCGCCGUACUCCACAUCGUACUCGCCGUCGCUGGCCGGCUGGAUCGGGAUCGAAGCGACUCGCCCCAUCGCCGCUGGCGAAGAAAUCACGAUCUCUUACGUGGAUCUCGGCAGCCUUGGUGACGACCUGCAGACGCGCUCGAGACACCUCCUGGAGCAGUACCGCUUCUUGUGCACCUGCGAGCUGUGCAUGCGCCAGCGUUCACAGAGGCGGUGA